AUGCCAAAAGUCCUCAUCACCGGCGCAAACGGCUACAUCGGCAACGCCGUCGCCAAAGCCUUCAACCGCGCCGGCUGGAAAACAUACGGCCUCGUCCGCCGCGCCGCAGACGCCACAGACCUUGCCCAAAGCGAAAUUCAUCCCAUAAUCGGUACUCCACAAGAUCUAUCCUCGACUGAGGAAGAGGAGCACUGCGUAUUCGAUGUUGUUGUGUCCAAUACGGAGGAUUGGUCGGACUAUGAGGGUCAUUUUCGGCAUGUCAAGGCCACGUUGACGCAUAUCGGGACUCAGACUUGGGAGAUUGCGCAUGUUAAGACGUUGGUGUUGUUUAGUAGUGGGUAUCUUGCUCCGCAUACCGAGUCGAGUCCGUUGAAUCCGGUGCCCUUUCUCCGGCCGAGGACAGAAAGUGCUGCUGGUUUGCUUGAAGAGUGUAUCAGGGGCGCUCUGCCAUUUGAUAUCGUUAUUCUUCGACCCACGAACGUCUAUGGUUAUGGGUCCAGUCAUACUGGUAGUCUGUUCUCGUGGGCAGAAAAGUCGAAGAAGGAAGGGAAAAAAGUGCUGCGAGCGGUCGCUGAUCCCAACACGAUCCUUCAUUAUACUCAUGUUGAUGACUGUGCACUUGCUUAUUUGAAGCUCGCGGAGCAUCCACGCAGAGACGAGGUCAAGAAUCAGGCAUUCAACAUUUCGAAUGCCAGAUAUGAAACGGUGCGUGAUGUUUGCGAGGCUCUGGCUAAGUCAUAUGGGCUUUCGCUUGAGUACGAACAGCCUGGAUCAUUUGAAAAUAUUGUGCUGGGGUCAGUGGAUGCCCUUCUGCAAUAUUCGCAAUGGGUGUCAUCCGAGAAGAUCCGUCAGUUGACUGGAUGGAAAGAGAAGCGGGCUUAUUUCUCGGCUGGAAUCGCAGAGUACCGAAUGUCGUUUGAGGCGGCGCUCGCUGCUAAGCACCAGGGGACAGUAAAGAUAUAUGAAAUGUUUCAGAAACAAGCUGCUUAG